AUGCGUGCUUUUGAUACAGACCCGGUAUUUAUGUGUGCCAGUAUCCGAACCGACAGAGGUAUUACCACCGACCUGAAGACGGUGGCAAGAGAUCUUACCGAGCUGGGCGAUAUGGCCGCCGCAUUUUCCAAAGCUGAUGGGGGUCGCAUGCUGAAAAUCGGAUAUGAGGCGUUUAACGUCCUUGCUGUGGAGUUUGCAGAUCCGUACAACCCUGCUGGACAUGGUCGAAUUUACCCUACAAUUGAAGAGUCAAUUGAAGUCUUGGCUGCGUCGAUGGCUAGUCUCGCCGCGACAGUACCAGGUGAUCGCAUCGAUUUCUUUCAGUGCGGCGAUGCUGAGUUAAUGAAUCCACACAAUUUCAAGCGACCGGAAGAUCUAAAAACACCAGCGCUGUUGCCAUGGUCAAGAGGUCAUCGAUUAUAUCCAUUUGAGCAUUCCAAGAGUGCUUAUAUGCCCGUCGAAUUGGUCACUGCUGCAGUACUGGCUAUAGGAUAUACCGGGCCCAUUUCGCUAGAAGUAUUCAACAACUCCCUCGAUAAGCCAGGUGCUGAUGUUCCAACCAUGCGAUGCAUCCGACCACUGGGACAACCUCCCAAGAACCCAUGCGAGCGCUGCAGUCGCAAUGACCGGACAUACACAAUCCCACAGCGCAAGCCACAGGGGCGAAAGCCGGGAGCGCGUGGCCGUUAUCAAGGCAUCGAAAAAGCCUAUCGCAAGAUGCAAUCGGAACUUCAGAAGGCAAAAACCUCAUUCGACAGCGCCCGUCAGAUGCAAGAAUUGACCAGCAAUGCAACGCCAGGAGAUGAUGACACGGAGAUCCUUCAGAUGCUGCUUGCCGAGAACGCGGUGACAUACCGCAGAGGGCAUUCGCGGAUCGUCACCAAAGUCGGGAUGCGGAAGAGAAUGUACUUAUAA